CAGAUCGACACAAUAUGGGAGACAUCAUUUGGGAAGCUGAAGUGUUGAAGAAGUAUGGUGUGGAGAUCUAUACUAUAGGAACUGCAAGUUACACACGAGAAAAGUCUCUCAUCGAAAUCGCAUCCGAGCCAAAGAAUGAACACGCUUUUAUUCUUCAGAACUAUCCUGCGCUGGAUUGGCUAAGCCAAGAACUCACGGAUUUCACCGCAGAUUAUUCUCGUUGUGGUUUGCGCCCUAAACAUCGUACAAUAACAGACGGAGGAAACCCGAUUACUGGACAAGACACUGAAACAUGGCCUUGGUUAGCUGCACUUUGUUUUACGUCAGGAUCUGAAGAACCAAAGAUAAAGUGCAGUGGAUCCAUCAUUCACGAUCUUUACAUAUUGACAACUGCUCAUUGCGUCUACUACGAGGCCAUAGAAGAGGAAAGAAAGGAAAACCAAAUCACUGUUCAUUUAGGUCUGACGGAUAUUCAGAACGAAGCGUACGAGGAAGUGAUUGAUGUCGAGAAAAUAUAUAUUCACGAAAAAUACAGCAACGACGGGAAUUAUGAUUAUGAUAUCGCUCUUCUGAAGUUAGAGGCACCCAUCGUAUACAAUGCCUUUAUAAGGCCUAUCUGUCUGCCACCAACAAAUUUACCACUGGACAGCAUUCUGUACAAACCUAAUGAAACCGCCAUUGCAACAGGUUGGGGUAUGGAUGUCGGAGAGGAUGAAAGAAAACAUGUAGCCUUCAGAAUGAGGAGAUACCCGAAGGAAGUCAAUCUUACCCUGCAAUCAAAAGAAAAUUGUGUCGAUUUUGUAAAAAACAAGAGCCAAAAUGUGAAAUUCACGGAAAGGAUGCUAUGUGCCGGUGGAGAUGGAGAAGAGGCUUGUCUAGGUCAUAGGGGAAGUCCUCUCAUGCAGCCACGAUUCGAUUCUGAUGGCAACGUUUACUGGACGCAAGUCGGGAUCACGGGCUGGAGCUUCUGGCCCUGUGGCCGCGAAAGUUCGUACGGAUAUUACACUCAUGUACAAAAUCUGGUUUCCUGGAUAACAGAAACCAUCAAACAAACAAUAAAUGAAUAAAGAAUACGUAAUUUUAAAUAAACGAAAUUUUUUACGCA